ACCAGGUCAGGCAACAUCUACCGUGAACGAAAAAAUGAAUCACCUUGAGAAUUAGUUUUGAUACAAACUGGAAAAGCUGGUUAUCUAAAACUGUCAUAUUGUGUCUUUCAAUAUUACUCUUUGUUCUCAGGACCCGCCCGGAUCUCUACCUCUUAAACUUAUCUUUGAUACACAGUUUUCCAAGCCCUGAAAAGCCUUCGACCUAAAACAACUGCUUUUGCCUUGGGCAAAUUGAAUUAUGCAGCCCGAUGUUAAUACUGCGAACGCGUACUAAUGAAAAUAUCACUGCGGUGCGGUGACGGACUGACUGGUGCUUUCGCUCCGCGUGGAGUUCCCUUGGCAUGCUCUGUGUGAGAUCGGUCCCUCCUCCUGGCGUGGCAGUUGACAAGAGCCGGGGAGAUCCGGAAGUGCGGCUCAUGGAAAGAAAGUCCGAGCCGGCACACGUGAAAGUGAGAGGCCGAGGUGCUGCUGAGUACGGGCAGCGACAAGGAGCCGCAUCGUAUCCGGACCAUGCCCAGAGCAGGGAAGCAGGAGCCCUCGCAGUCCUGACGCUCCGCGCUGAACAGGGACACGACAAUGAGCUCGGUUCUUUAGCCGAAGACAGCUCCCUGUUUUUCCCCCGUGACGCGAGGUGAUGGCCAUCACACACGCUGCGGUGGAGUACGUCUUCUCGGACUUUCUCCUCAAGGAGCCGGCCGACUCCAGACUGAAAGCGGUGAGGCUGGAGCUGGCCGUGGACAAGCUGGUGACGCUGGUCUCGGCCGGCCUGCCUCUGCUGCUGAUCUCCCUGGCCUUCGCGCAAGAGAUCUCCAUAGGUACCCAAAUCAGUUGCUUCUCUCCAAGUUCAUUCUCUUGGCGACAAGCAGCUUAUGUUGAUGCUUAUUGCUGGGCCUCACUGCAUCGGCCUUCCCAUAAGAAUGAUUCGGAGCAUUUACCACUGUGGCUUCAUAAGGUUUUUCCAUAUAUACUCCUGCUGGUGGCUAUUCUCAUGUAUGUUCCAGCCUUGUUCUGGAGGUUUACUGCGGCACCUCAGCUGUAUGGUGACUUGACCUUUAUCAUAGAGGAGCUUGACAAGGCCUACAACCGUGGAAUCAGGUUAGCACAGCACAUUGUCCACACCAGUGGAUCAGACACCCUCAGCUACUUUGAAUCCUUUGGAGAACAAAGUGGUUCCAAGGAGAAGAGAGAGAACUUUUUUCAGUUUCCAGUUGUGGAGCGUUAUUUGAAAUCGAAAGAAGAUUCCUGCAGCAUGUUGAUGAUGUACCUUAUACGCAAAGGCCUCGCUCUCACUUUUCUUGUCUUUACUUGUAUCUACUUGGGAUAUUACAUCUCUCUGACCUUCCUUACGGAUGAAUUCAAAUGUUCAAUCAAAACAGGCAUUUUGGGAAAUGAAACAAGUGUACCAGAAUUUUUUCAGUGUAAGCUUAUUUCAGUUGGAAUAUUUCAACUUCUGAGUAUUGUUAACAUUGCUGUGUAUAUCAUUCUCAUUCCAGUUACAAUGUACAGUAUGUCUUUUCCUCUAAGAAACAACCUCACUUUUCUUAAGGUCUACGAACUUCUACCACAGUUUGAGGUGAUCAUGGUUACUAAAAGUUGUUGGAAUGACUUAAACCUCUACCUUCUAUUUUUGGAAGAAAACAUUAGUGAAGUGAAAUCUCAUAAGUGUCUUAAAGUAUUGGAACUCAUAAAAACGAAGGAAUUGCUGGAGACUCCAUCAGUGAUGGAUGCAAUGUUGCGUUUAAUAGCCCUGGGACAAGUCAAGUCAGAUAUGAUAGAUGGCUUGAUCAAAACCAAGAAAGCUGAGCGGAAAUCGGAGUCUGAUGCAGAUCUGAAUGCAACACAACUGAAAGUUAUUACCAAGCCGGAUUCUAUGGAUGAUGGCACCAGAUCUGCUGAUGAAGAAAGGGAUGAGCUCUCGGCUGUAAGGCAAAGACUUCUGGAAUCUCAGACCUACAGUUCAAAUUGUUAAGAUGUAUGGGAUUUGACUGUGUUUAUUCUUUUGCAAAAAAACAUACUCACCUCAUUUGUUUGUGACAGUAUUAGCAAACUGAGUAUUUAUUGGAGGGUUAAUAUGCUGUAAUUUCAUUCUAUUAUUUCUUAAUUUAAUUGUUUACCUGGGAGUGUGUUCAUUCUCAAAAUAGAUGUUUUGUUGUUUUUGUAUUUCUGACAUUUUUAUAAGUAUGUAAUGUCAGUGUUACAGUAAGAAUAUUGAGGAAGCUGAAAAGAGAAAGCACAUUGCCACAAACUGGUUCAAGUUUGCCAGGAAAUCGAGAACUUAAUUCACGCAAUGUAACAUUUAAAAACGUUUUGAUUUUUUAAAAGUUUACUGACAUGAAUGAAAUUAUGUCAUCUCUAAUUUCUGAGAAUACUUGAUAGAUGGUGAGCUUUUGGUUUAGAAGUAGAGCACUUACCACAAGUAAAGGAGAACAAUUGAAUAUUACUAGAAGAUGAAACCAUAUGGAAUUUGAACUCUUUUGUUGUAAAUGGCUAAAGGAUCUCUCCCAUAAAACAUUUAAGUUGUGAUCUUCCUAGGAAAGGCAACAAUAAAGGAACUACAUUGUUAAUAAUGUAGAAAAACAAACUUUAUAAGCCAAAUAUAACUUGCAUACUGGGAGAAUUUUGACAACAUAUCUCUCAGUUACAGGGAUAUUUGAAAACUUACAUGUCUAGACAUGAAGUAAAACUUUAUUGUAACACUGCAAGAUCUAUACAAAUUCAUACAGUUCAUUUGCCACUUUUCCUGAACAAAUAAUUGUUAUUUUUGAAAUUUCACAUGCGCACAUUCCCCAGAAUUUUAUUCCCACUCUAAUGUUUGCUCGACUAUGAUUCAUUUAUUGAUUAUUGUGAAUAACAGGAAAAUAUCUGACGGUUACUACAGAAUGAAACACCGUCUUGUCAGUAAAUUCUGGUUGGAUUGGAAUUUCCCCAUGGAUAUUUUUUCCAUGAAAUUUCUAUUUCAUAUAAUGUCUUUUUUUUUGUGGAUAAGGUUUAUAAUCAGUGUUUGGAGCCAAUUGAAUAAUUUACAAAGUAGCUGGCUAAAUAGGGCCUUUCCCACUGACAGACUUGCACAGAUUGAGAUAAUAAAAAACUUUUUAAAAAUGCUCAAUUAAUUUAGGAAAUCAGCAUUUGAAGAAAGGUUGUUCUGAAAUUUUAGGGCCAUUAUACACCACAGAUCUGUUUCACCAGUGUUCCUGUCUUUUAUAAAUACAGAUUUGCAGUUUUUUCCUUUAUUUUUCAAACAUUAGGGAUUAUUAUAGUGAAUUUUCAUGAUACUUACUGCAGAAUUGAGGAAAAAUGUGCCAGUGGUUUUCUAUUAAAAUCAUUUCAAAUUCUGCCAGCAUAUUUUCUAGCUUUGUAUUUAUUCAUUUCCAUAAGAUUGUGACUUCCAAUUGUAACAACGCCUCACAUGACAAAACACGCACAGUUUCUCUAAUUUAUUGUUUAAUUCCGAAGCAAAUAUAGGCAUUUUAACUAUUUAAAAAUGCACCAAUCUGCUUAAAGCAAAUAUACCCAAAUUCUUAUUUUGCAACAACAUUAGUGUUCUAUUCAGCCUGUCAUUUCUGUUUUCUUGUACAAAUAAACCACGGCUUGGCUGUACCACUUUUCACUUCCCUGCCUUUAUUGCAUAUAUUUUUAUUCCUACACAUGGGCCAAAUUUUUGAGGUGGGUGAAAGGUAGAAAUUCCCCACUUCCCUUUCACUUAUUGAAAAUUAGUUCCUGAUUUCACUUGCAACUAAAAUUUGUGGUGCAGUUGGGUCCUAUACCCAAAGUGUUCUGUAGAAAUGUCUGGCUCUGCUACUGCAUUCCUGGUACCGUGGAUGUGGGACUACAAUAAUAAAGAUAAUCUGUUACUCUAACUCGUCGGACCAUCAGCAUUUGAGGAGCUAGCAAUUCAGGGACUUUUUUUUUUGGGAGUUAUCAUAUUCCGUUUGAUCAAUAGGUGAAUUACAGAUUUUGCAGCACUAGAUGAGAUUUGGUGGUCCAUUUUCUUGGGAGAGAAAGCCUGGAGUGUGAAGAGCUAAUGUGAUGAGAAAACAGUUUAUUCAUUUAAUUUGUCUUGCAAAGGCAGUGAAGGGAACACUGGUGGCUUCUGCCCAUGGAAAGGUGCAAGCAUGCCUGGUCCACAAUAUGCAUCCUUCAUGGGAGACCAAGGUGAAUUCCUAAUGGUGCUUGGUUGAGGGAUUUCAGUGAAGAGACUCCUGAAUCUUACAAAUCAUGCCUGGAUCAUUUCUUACAUUAGAAUAGUAAUGACCUUUAACCCUCCUCUUCCCUCAUUAUUUAACCCAACUCUUCACUCCCCCAUGCCAGAAAAUGUUGGUUGUUUUCCAACCUGAUGGCAUGAAUAUCGAUUUCUCCUUUUGGUAAAACAUUUCCCCUCCCCUUCCUUUAUUCCCCACUCUGAUCUUUUACCUCUUCUCACCUAUCUAUUGCAUCCCCCUAACCCCCCCCUUCCCUUUCACCUAUUGUCCACUCUCCUUUCCUAUCAGAUUCCUCCUUCUGCAGCCCUUGACUUUUCCCACCCCUGGCUUCACCUAUCACCUUACAGCUAUCCACUUCCCCUGCCCCCCCCCCCUUUAUUCUGGCAUCUUCCCCCUUCUCAGUCCUGAAGAAGGGUGUCGGCCCAAAAUGUCGACUGCUUAUUCGUUUCCAUAGACGCUGCCUGACCUGCCGAGUUCCUCCAGCAUUUUGUGUGUGCUGCUGCGAUAAACAUUUGUACGUUGUAAUUAAUUUCAAUUGAAUAAAUAGUGAAUGUAGUUUGCUGUGGAGCACUUCUGCUGUAAUAGUUAAUUCUGUUUUGCAAUCAAAAUUGAUAAAAUUAUUGUAAUGUUCUUGUGUCAGACUUUUACAACAUGUGAUGAUAUUUUGGAAGAAUAUUGCUCAUAUUGCAGUGUGGGAUCAUUUAGUUUUCCCAGGCCUUUUUGUUUUUUCAGUGUACAUUUCAUCCUGCUUGGCUGAAGUCUGCUGCUACAAGUAAGAUGUAGUAAUUUACGUGCCAGCAUCACAAACGCACAUUUUUGAACAUAUUCUAAUAAUCGGCACAAGAACUCUGUUUAUGCAAAUAAUUUUGAUGAAUAUGAAUUUUACAUUUUUUGUUCAUUGUAUAUGUCCUACAGGAGGUCAGUACAAUUUUUUUUUAACAUUCUCAAAAAAUGCACCACUGAUGCUUUUUUAUGGAUUUGUCUGUUGUACCAUGACACAAAUUAAAUACAAUUAUCUGUGUUGGUUAAUGUAGACCUCUGGCAGUGAAUUUGUGACUGUCUGGUAAUAUCCCUGGGGCUGUGCAUUUGUGUGAUGAUCUCAUUAGAUUCAUCUAUACCUCUGCCAGUAAUUAGCAUGCGUAAUCAUAGUUGUUUCCGAUAAUGAUCAAGCUUGUGGGGUUUUAGGGCAACUGGCCCAUUAUGCACACUCAGCCUUUCAAAUGAUGGGUAGAAUCACAUCACAAGUAUUUUGUAAUUUUUAUAGACCAUCUCAACUGAAAUCAGGUUUUUAAAAAUAUUGCUGGACUUUGAAUUAUUAAGUAAAAUGAUUACAUUUAAAACCUUUUAUUUCCAGUAGGUGUUAUAACCUUUUUUGAAAAUAUAUGUCCAUUACAACCAGCACUACAAGGGCAAUGUGUUGGCCAUCUGUAUACUAAAGUACAAAGUGAAUGAUUUUAAACUUCAGGUGAUUGAAUCACAGUAAAUUUUUUACAGUGGAACUGCUAACACAACAAUGAAUCUUGAAAACUUGCAUUGUAUAACAGUGUUAAUUAUUAAAAUUGUCAUUCAUUUGGUGUUUUACUUUUUGUGGUAAGUGGGAUUUUCACAUUCAUCAUUGCCUUCUGAUGUAAAUCUGGGCAGGAGAAUUUCAUACAAUGGCAUGCAAAAGUUUGGGUACCUCUGGACAU